AGCGUUGAUUUAUGACCUAGACAUUCUAUCAUACACUAAACCGAUUUCUUGAGCAGAAAUCAAACACUGCAAACGAUGCGUCCAGCGCUUUCGCUUGGCUCAUCAGUCCGAGCCAGCUGGGCCAGCAAGCUUCCUCGGACAUACAAUCUCUGUCAGACAGGCAUUCAUUGUCGGAUAGCAAUAAAAAUAGGGGACGUUUUGAAGGAUUUGAUGAUCCGAAGUCGUGCAUGGAGGGAUUGAGAAGUAGCAUCAAAUAAUCACACCCACAAGUAGUAUUUCUACGAGGCCAUCCGUCACCGAGUUGGAUUUCAAGUAUCGGCGCUUUUUGCUAUGUUGAUCCCGAGCUAUUUCGCUGGUUCCUCAGAUACCGUGCAGGACCAGGGAGCGAUUAUUAUUUCUACUCUGCCCCUUCCGUAAUGAGUAACAUAUAUCGCUUCAAGUUCUUUACCAUCGGACAUAAGAACAAUCGACAUCGAACAUCUCAAGAGGAGAUAUAUGACUUACGCGGGAAGGCAGCCAACGAGUUCCAAAGGUACCAGACUGAAUUGAAAAGAAACUGGGAUCGGAAGCUAGGGGACUCGAUUGUACGAAAUUUCCACGUGCUAGAUGAGCGACACUCCAACGCCUGUACAGAUGCAGGAAACGACCUCACCAAGGGGCCGCGAAUUCCAUGGCUUGGGGAUGACGCGGAAUCAUUACCAACCACACUUCCCUCAAUCGUCCAAUAUAGACUAAGGUGUGCGUUGAACUCCCGCAGUAUAAACGAGAGUACUGCUGGGCCGCAGAAAGGAAGUAAUACGCAAAGUCUCGCCAUCUUUCCGGAAGGCUACGGGAGUGGUCUAGAUUGGUCGCUUGCAAAAUCCGACCGAUCUCAUGUUUUGUCGGACGUGUUCAGAUUAACUGCAUUCUCCCAGAAGCAGCUCCUGAAUGUCAUGAAAGAGAAAAUAAUGGCCGAAACGAAUCGCCUACCGCUCAGCAAUGAGAAUCCAACAUUGGCCAAUCUGCUAUACUUUCGGAAUAUCCUACAAGAUCAGCUAAGCAACGCCUCGUAUAUGCUUGAAUUGACAAACGAGCAAAAUAAAAUCCUCCAAAAUGGUCGUUGA